AUGAAUUUGGAAUAUCAGAAGCCACCAGAAGUCGCAGAACUCCCUGCAGAGCUAGAAGAGCUGGACUCCGAGUCUGUCUCUGAGGCUGAGCUUGAAGAGCUUGAAGAGCUUGAACUUGAGGACCCUGAACUCGAGCCUGAAUCAGGGGGAGGUGAGGCUGAGCUUGAACCUGAGCUUGAACCUGAGCUUGAACCUGAGCUUGAACCUGAGCUUGAGCCUGAGCUUGAGCCUGAGCUGGAACCCGAGCUGGAACCCGAGCUGGAACCCGAGCCGGAACCCGAGCCGGAACCUGAGCUUGACGGACCUGGGCCUGACGGAGGUGCACCUGAGGGGGCUGCGCCUGACGGCGGUGAACCUGAGGGAGCCGAGCCUGAGCUUGAACCUGCGCUUGAACCUGAGCUUGAACCUGAGCUGGAACCUGAGCUUGACGGACCUGGGCCUGACGGAGGAGCACCUGAGGGAGCUGAGCCUGAGCUUGAACCUGAGCUAGAACCUGAGCUAGAACCUGAGCCUGGCGGAGCUGAGCCUGACGGAGGUGAGCCUGACGGAGGUGAGCCUGACGGAGGAGCACCUGACGGAGCUGCACCUGACGGAGCUGCACCUGACGGAGCUGCACCUGAGGGAGCUGAGCCUGAGCUUGAGCCUGAGCUAGAACCUGGGCCGGAUCCAGAAAUUGCAGAACUACCUGCAGAGCUAGAAGAGCUGGACUCCGAGUCUGUCUCUGAGGCUGAGCUUGAAGAGCUUGAAGAGCUUGAACUUGAGGACCCUGAACUCGAGCCUGAAUCAGGAGGUGAGCCUGAGGGGGGUGAGCCUGGGCGAGGUGAACCUGGGUGA